GGGGAGGGGCAGCCUGCCCAAGGGCCCACCCCGGGGCGUUCGUGAAGGGCGCCCUCGGCUGCCCCCACCGCCCCCCAGAUGUACUAUGCUGUUUCCCAGGCGCGCGUGAACGCGGCCCCUGCGACCAUGCUUCGCCCACAGCGGCCGGGAGACGUGCAGCUCGGGGCGUCCCUGUACGAACUGGUGGGCUACCGGCAGCAUCCCUCCUCCUCCGCCGCCUCCUCCUCCUGCACAACAGCCCCCCUCCUCCCCAAGGCGGCGCGCGAGAAGCCCGAGGUGCCCGCCGAACCUCCGGGCACGGGAGCGGGGCCGGGGGCGCAGCCGGGCGGUGGCUCCCGGGCGGACCCCAAGGAGGAGCAGCAACAGCAGCUGCGGCGCAAGAUCAACAGCCGCGAGCGGAAGCGCAUGCAGGACCUGAACCUGGCCAUGGACGCGCUGCGCGAGGUCAUCCUGCCCUACUCGGCGGCGCACUGUCAGGGCGCGCCGGGCCGCAAGCUCUCCAAGAUCGCCACGCUGCUGCUCGCGCGCAACUACAUCCUGCUGCUGGGCAGCUCGCUGCAGGAGCUGCGCCGCGCGCUGGGCGAGAGCGCCGGGCCCGCCGCGCCGCGCCUGCUGCUGGCCGGCCUGCCCCUGCUGGCCGCCGCGCCCGGCUCCGUGCUGCUCGCGCCCGGCGCCCUCGGGCCGCCCGACGCGCUGCGCCCCGCCAAGUACCUGUCGCUGGCUCUCGAGGAGCCGCCGUGCGGCCAGUUCGCGCUGCCCGGCGGCGCGGGCGGCGGCGCGGGCGGCCCCAGCCUCUGCACCUGCGCUGUCUGCAAGUUCCCGCACUUGGUCCCGGCAGGCCUGGGCCUGGCCGCGGUGCAGGCGCAGUUCUCCAAGUGA